UUGACGCUAAUCUUUACAAAAUGGCGGCUGUUGUUGUUUUGCCGCAGGGUCAGUGAAUAAAUCCGCUUUUCUUUUCUUUCAUUUUCUGCACUAAUUUGCAGAAACAGCUCUAAAAACCCCAGGGAACGGCUCCGUGACGACUGAAAUGAAAGGCAAAGAGCGGUCGCCGAUUAAAAAGCGCUCCCGGGCCUUGGACGAUAUUCGAGACAGAGGAGGAUGCCACCCGACCAGCAAGAAAAUGGGGGCUCUCUCCGUUUCCAGUGGGAGUAAUAAUGGAAACAGCUCGACCAAAGGCGACGGCGGCUCCACGAGAAGGAGUCUACUCGGCGAGAAGAGGGACCGGGAUUUCGACAGUCACAGCCGGACUGGGAACAAUCACAGUUGUCAGUCUGCUGCCGCCAGCUCCGUCGGUAAAAACCACAGCCUGAGCCUGACGCUGGAUUUAGCCUCGCCGAGGACCACGUCGCGGGGGGAGCAGCGGGUCCAGCCGCCCAGCACCGAGAGUGAGUACAAGACGCUGAAAAUAAGCGACCUCGGCACCCAGCUGAGCGACGAAGACAUAGAGGACGGACUCUUUCACGAGUUUAAAAAAUUCGGAGACGUGAGCGUCAAGAUCAGCCGCAGCAACGACGAGCGGAUCGCGUUCGUGAAUUUCAGGAAGCCGGAGGACGCCCGGGCCGCGAAGCACGCCAGGGGCCGGCUGGUGCUGUACGACCGGCCGCUGAAGAUCGAGGCGGUGUACAUUAACAGGAGGAGAAGCCGCUCCCCGGUGGAGAGAGACUUGUACGGUGCAACCCAGAGCCACAGACAUUUGCAGAGACCCCUCUCGCCCACGGGGCUCGGGUACAGAGACUACCGGCUGCAGCAGCUGGCCUUAGGACGGCUCCCCCCGCCCCCGCCGCCUCCUUUGCCCAGAGAGCUGGAGCGGGACCGGGAGUUUGCUCUGUUUGAAGCCAGGGCACGUCCAGCUUUCAUUGCGGAGCGAGCAGCUUUUCGUGAGGAGGAUUUUAUCUCUCCGGAAGAUGACCAAAGAGCCAACAGGACGUUGUUUUUAGGCAACCUGGAUAUAACGGUGACAGAGGCCGACCUGAGGAGAGCCUUUGACAGGUUCGGGGUGAUCACAGAGGUGGACAUUAAGAGACCCACACGGGGACAAACCAGCACGUAUGGAUUUCUGAAAUUUGAGAACCUUGACAUGGCUCACCGUGCUAAGCUAAGUAUGUCUGGGAAAAUAGUGGGUCGUAAUCCCAUAAAGAUAGGCUAUGGGAAAGCAACUCCCACCACACGCCUGUGGGUGGGUGGGCUUGGACCCUGGGUUCCCCUAGCUGCUCUAGCAAGGGAGUUUGAUCGUUUUGGUACUAUAAGGACCAUUGACUACAGGAAGGGGGACACCUGGGCCUACAUUCAGUAUGAAAGUUUGGACGCUGCACAGGCGGCAUGCACACACAUGAGGGGCUUCCCAUUGGGGGGUCCUGAGAGAAGACUGAGAGUGGACUUUGCUGACACUGAACAUCGUUACCAGCAGCAGUUUCUGCAGCCUCUCCCUAUACCACCUUUUGACAUGGUGGCUGAGUCAUUUGUCCACCGUGCCACACCUGAACCACUGAGGGUCAGGGAACGGACUCCACCGCCGCUUCACUUUAGGGAGAGAGAACUCUUUCCUGGAACUGAGUGGCCCAACCCAGCUAUUCGCGAACGGGUACGUGCCUCACCCUUCGAGCCCCUGGAGCACUUGGAACGCGAGCGGCGGGCACGGGAGCCUUGGUCUUUGGAACGAGAGCUGCAGGGACGAGAACCUGUUCGCAAACGGCGUGUAAUGGAGGAUGGCCGUCACAUAGACCACUCCCCUGACAGCACUGAGAGGACAGUAAGGCGAAGGCGUGCUUCUCCAGAUGGCAGUCCUGGAGGUAGCAGCAGAGAUGGAGGCCGCUUCAGUGACUCAGAGCGCCCUGUGCGGGGCGAAAGACCCUCCCCAGUACGAGAACGCCACACCAGCCUGGAGAGAGGUGGCACUGAACGGAGAUUAAAAAAUCAGAGUCUCUCUGACAAGGCACCUUCAAGCAGCAGUGUUUCUGCAGUUGGAGAGCGAAAGCGUAAAGCAGGUGAAGGUGGUAAAGGGCCGGCUAAGAGAGAACGUUCUGAGGGAGGUCCUAAGGGAGGCCAGCUGUCCAAGUCGGACGGCACCAGACUCAGUUUGGCCUGGCAAGGUAUGCUGCUGCUGAAAAACAGCAACUUUCCAGCCAACAUGCACCUGCUGGAGGGUGACCACAAUGUAGCCAGUGACCUGCUUGCUGAGGGCACAACGGGGAGGCAGGUGAGCGAGCUAAAGAUCACCCAGCGUCUCCGCCUGGACCAGCCCAAGCUCGAUGAGGUGUCCCGACGCAUCAAGGUGGCAGGUCCCGACGGCUACGCCAUUCUACUGGCAGUUCCCGGCACUACAGAAGAUGCAUCUUCGUCUGACCCCGCAGCCUCAACCCAGCGGCCACUUCGGAACCUGGUGUCCUACCUCAACCAAAAACAAGCAGCAGGAGUCAUCAGCCUGCCUGUGGGAGGGAGCAGAGAUAAAGACAACACAGGGGUUCUUCAUGCUUUCCCUCCAUGUGAUUUCUCUCAGCAGUUCCUGGAUUCCUCUGCUAAAGCUCUGGCUAAAAGUGAAGAGGACUAUCUGGUCAUGAUUGUGGUGCGUGGAGCAUCUUAAAAAUCAGAACACACUAAGUUCAAGUCAUGUAAAAAAAAAAAAGAAAAAAGAUCUGCUGUAUGUCAGUAACUAUUGCAUGCUGUGUGUUCUGCAUUAUGGGGUGCACUAGUAUGGUUCUUGAGUGUUGUAUGUUGCCAUGUAAUCCACUAAAAAGGACAAACUGUGCCCUACAGAAACUAAAAGGUUGUGUGGUUUUGAAAUUAUUUUUAAAAGGGUGUAUGAAUUAAUUGCUCACAAAGUCAUAAACCAUUCAGUCAGAAUACUGUAAAACAUGAGGAGCAUUUGAGGAGUAAAUUUCAAUGUAAUUCAACAAGACUUAGAUUAUAUGGAAAACGUGUUUCAUAUGCAAGUUUAAAAUCUCAGCUAUCCAGAUAUAGCACGAGAAAAUUCUAGAUAAAUAGAAGGAGUGGACACAAUAACACCUCCAUGACAAUAAAACCAGAAAUGCUGACAUCAUUCACUAUAAUCACAUUGAAUCCAGUCCAAACGAGCUACAAAUGACUAGCUUAGCAAAGUUCCUGGAAAAAUACAAGUAUGUAAAGAAAAUGUUGUCCGUACAGGUUUUGCUGUGUCUACCUCCUAAACAGGUACUUACAAAAGGGGUAAUUGGAAGAUAUUAUUUCAAAGCUUUGAAUCACAGUGCAGUAAUAUAUUCAUGUUUUGAUUGAUGGAUACAAAGAUGGGCAUGGCAAUUUUGAAAUCAGGGUUUUCUGUGAAGGUUUAAUGAAUUAUUUUGUACUGAAGCUGCAAAGAAACGGUCCUGUUAACAUUUUGAUGGUUAAAACAUGUUGCACAGCUCUUCUUCAGUGCAUCAUGAUGGAGGCACGAUAGCUUGAAAAAUAUGGUCAAAGGACAGUGGUGUGCCGAAGAAGUGUAGUGCUUUUUGUUUUAACUUUAAUGGGCUUGAAAUGAAGCUCACUUGGUCCCUGUGUUUUCAAAGUAGAAAAUUUAUUCUGAAGCUCACCAGAUGCAUUUCAGUUACCUAUAUUGUUAUCUGUGUUUGAAAAAUAAUAUUAAGGUUCAUGGUUUUGGAUCUGAGUGUAUUUUAUUGUGUUCCUCAGUAGUGGAACACCAAAUUGCAAGAUAGACAAUGAACUCGGUGUGUGUCCCGUCCACGGUUAAAACCAAAUCAUCAUGUCAAUUCUGUGGAAUGCUGAAUACUAACAGAUGUGAGUUUUGCCCAGGGAACAGCCCAUAAUACAAUACACAUAGCAUAGUAAAGAAAAUACUAACAUUUUUCUCAUAUUUUCUACUUAAUAUUUUAUUUUGUGCAUCCCUACCUUAGGAAUGGUUGUGUAAUGUUAUCUAUGAAAAGAACUACAGUAGUAAUGGAUAAAAAGCGUAGAGACGUUUGUGUUGAUAUUUGACAGUCUGUUUCACUUAUUGCUCUGAAACCAGUAGGCCCUCCAAGAAUAAUAAUAAUCAAUAUAAUGAAAUUGUUGGUAACAAGUAACAAAUACCUGCCAUUUUUUCAGUAAGAUGGUUUGUGUCAUUUUAAAGUUUUUGCAGUAACUUAAUGGUUAACAUUGGAAUUUAAAUUUUAGAGGUCUAAAUUUAUAUAUUUUACUCAUGACUGCAAACAUGUUCCAAAGGCAAUACUUACCAUAUUUUAUUUUUGUCAUUGUAUGUUUAGCCUGCAAUAGUAAUCCACUCUGAAUUAUAAUUUGCUGAUUUUGGUUUAACAUGUAUUGAAAACAUUCAUGUGUGGGAAAGUUGUAAUGUGUCAACGUCACACCCACCGCAACGCUGGACUCCAGAGGAGACGAGUGCAGAGCUGAAAGCCUCUGCAGAGAAGGCCACAUUGUGUUUUGUGAGUCCUCGCUCAUGAGGCAGCUUUUAAGUUGUGUAGCCCAUCUGCACCUGUGAUGACUUCUGUUAAAAAUGGAAAAAAAUUGAGCAAUGUACACUUUGAUGUCAUGGGAAAGGAAAAUCCAUAGAGCCCACGCGAAGCUGUUCACAUACCUGAAAAGUGCGGUUGGGCACUCAAUGUGACCGAAUAUCAAUAAAUUGUUCAUUUGAAGGGAAACAUGUUUCUUCGAUGGAAGUCAAUUGAAGAAACACGCUACCAUGCCUUAUUGUGUUUCGAAGGAGUUGUCACUUGCAAUUUUGUUUCUGCACACGCGAAGGGAGACAAUUUGCAAUUUGUUUAGCAACACCGACGAGAGACCCCUGUUUCGUGUGAGGAUCGCAGUUUGCUUACAUGCCUGUUCUGAGCUGCUAAGGUGCCCAACAUAAAUUACUCCCAACCCCGUAUUAUACCCUCAACUGUUCCUGUUGGCAUGUGAACACCUGAUCAGGAUGGAGGAGCCUCCGCAUCCCUUGUUUACAGCCAGAGUCCAGUUUGCAGUGUGAAGCAGUGGCAGAUAAAGACACCGGUGCAGUUCGGGAGGAGAGGGCCGGAGUAAACAGCAGCACGUGCCAGUAUCCUGUUGUCCUCCCUGCUCUUUACUCCUAAGGUUUCAUGUGCAUUGUUCCGUGUACUGAAUAGGAGCUGAGGAAGAAAUCUCAUCACCUGCCGUCACACACUCCACUUGGGAGAUUGUGGGUGACACUGCUCUGAAAUGUGCAUAGCGUCUCCAGUUCAAGCUGUGUCACCGCAGAGGCCGAGCUGAACCGCUGGGCUGAUUUGUCUUCUGUUCUGUUUUUCUUUUCCCAGUUAUGAUUUGAUUCGACUUAUUGUUUGGCUCAGGGAAGAGGAUGGCCCAACCUCAGCUAGGAAUAUUGUUUGCCCCCAUCUUCAUGUGUUCUCCUCUGAUUGAACGCUCUCCGAGGAGAUGAGUGAACAAGUGUUUGCUGCGCUGAAGCUGCACUCUUGUCAUCUGAGGUCUGCUGCAGCCUGGAAACAAAACAAGCACAGGCCAGGUUGUUUACCCUUUUCGACACCGCUGGAAGGAACCCACUCUGCGGACUCCACCCUUCCCCCUAAUUCAUCUAGGAGACCUUUUUUUAUUUUGCCCCUUUGUAAGUUUAAGGCCAUUUUAUACAGGAAAGAAAGUUCCUGCCAUCCAUUUUGAGUCAUGAAUGAAAACAAUUGAGGUGUUCUGUGCCGAGAAGGACCCCUCACUCCACUAGAGAAACAUUGCCAUCUUGAGGACCAUGGAGCACCUGCUUCCCUCUCUCACAGUCAUCUCCCUGAUACAUCUCACUUGUGCACACCAGGCACCCAGGACAGAGCUGGUAUCACUGUACGACUGCAGUGUAGAAGGGCACAAUGGUGAGUAAGAGAACAAGUGCUGCCCGCCACAUCUGUGUCGGUGGCAUAGGCAGCAGUGGUAAGUACAAUGUGUCAACACCACAUGUUUUACAACGACAAAUGCAAAAUGGCACACUCUGGUUUCAAUCCAAAGUCAUUACUGAGGUCAUUUUACUCUUAUGGCAGCUGGCAUAUGUCCCGGACCAGAGAUAAUAGCAUCAUUUACUGCCCACAGUAACAUGCAUAGUGCUGUUUUGAUUACUGAAAGUAGGAUUGAUGUAACAGAACAACCAUCUCUUUGAUAAUAUCCUCUUGCAGAUAUUUCUGUUCUAUUCAUUAUCAAAUCGCUGGUUUGGAAAAGGUUGAAGUGCUUUAAAGAUAAAUAAAGUCGAGGUUUUAAGUAGAAAACUAUAGCUGUAGUUUCUCGAUUAGAUCCAUGUAAGAAAAUUCUGCACAUUUGGUUGCAGCCUGAUCAGACAUGUAAAUGUAGACCUCACCUUUAACUUUGGUGAAGAUUUAUUAUGUCACUGAUGGAGACAAAAAAUAGCCAUAAACUAGAGGCAAGGUUAUCGUGAUGUGGUGUGAGGAAAUUUGUUUUUAUAUUCAGUUGUAAAAUCUUGAUUGCUUUUCGCAAAAGGGCAGGAAUCCACAAUUGUCACUUCUUUUCAAACUCCCAAUCAUCAUGUUCAUGAGGAACAUCAUCGUCAAGCCACUCCUGGUCAUACACUAAGUUACUAAUGAUGCAGAAAUUUAAAGGUUCAGUGUGUAGAAUUUAGUGACAUCUAGUGGUGAAGUUACAUGUUGUAGCUGAAUAC